UAGAAAAUCUCUCUGGCGAUUUCAAUGGUUGUUCUAGGUUUUCAAGAUUAAACCGUGAACCCCAGAAAUCCUUGGUUUUAUGUUAAAUUUCUAAAUGGAUUUUAGUGAAUCUCAACAUCAUGACUCUCCUUCUCCUCUGACAAGAACUCUGCAGGAUUUCAAAAUGAAAAUUUGGGGUUUAGGAAGUAAUUAGUGAAUAUGAUUGGUUUUGGAAUUGCAAUUUCAGAUGUUGUUGAUGAAUAAGCUAAGCAGAGGUGAAAUAUUGACUGUUCAAGCUCCGGAAACGCAAGCCAGGAAUUUAUGUUGUAUUGUUUAUAUUCCCAUGGACAAUCUCCCCAAAGAAGUCACAUUAGAUAUACUUUCUAGGUUACCGGUCGAGUCAGUAUUAGAUUGUAUAUUAGUGUGUAAAGCUUGGAGGGAUAUUUUACAGUUUCGUGCUGAUAAUUUCUUUGCGGGUCUCCAUCUACAAAGCCAGCAUAGUCUUCAAUUGAUGCAGCAGCAGGAGCAACAUGAGCAGUUUCUUGAUCAUGAUAGUAUUCAUGAUUGCCCUAAUUCUGAACCGAUGAGUUUCUUUGGCUUGGAUAGACAUGCUUUCUACUAUGCAGAGUACCACGCCGCGAGUGAGAUUAUUGAUGAUAAGCAGCCUAACUACCAAGCAAAGAGGAUGAACCUUAAAUUUCCAGACGCCGUGCAUGGAUUUGUUGGUUCAUGUAAUGGAUUGAUUUGCUUAUCAGUCAAGUCAAAGUACAAAACCAUCUAUGGUGACAGCAACGGUAUCGACAGAGGUUUCAGAUACAGUGACGAGCCUUCAUACGUUUGUAAUCCCAUUACAAGAGAAUACGUGAAUCUUCCAAGGGUGUCGAUUGAUGAGAAGAAAAGCAGACAUGGUGUUUACAUUGUGUGUGGGUUUGGUUACUACCGUCCAACAAACGAGUACAAGGUGGUUAGAAUUUCCUAUUUUGGAAACACUAACAAUCCCCCUUACAAGGGGAAGGUCGAGGUAUAUACACUUGGCAGUGACAGUGGGUGGAGAAUUGCUGGAGAAACGAAUUGCCUUUUGCUAUCUAAUUUCUACUCUCCAAGCAUUUGUGUAGAUGGAGCUCUUCAUUGGUUCCAGAAGGGAUUUUCGAAGAUCGUGGCCUUUGAUCUGGGAGAGGAGGAAUUCUACUCGCUUCCUUCACCAGGUAUUAUAGGGAAGGGUAAACUUUGUGCUAUCAGAGGGUUCUUGUGUGUGGUAGCCGAUUGUCUGGACACGACUUGUGGUUUUUAGAGAAGAACGAGAAGACAUGGAGUUGGAGGAUAGUGUUCAGUACACGAUGCAUUCGCAUUGACAACAUUACUGGUUGUAAUAUAUUAGCCAUUACAAAGAGGGAUGAAAUUCUAUUAGGAAGUCUUGGGAAAGUUAUUCUAUAUAAUCUUAAAACUAGGACUUCAAGAAUGAUUGCAGACAAGAAGAGCAUUGGGAGCUGGCAGACACCACAUUCACACGGCAACAGUUUUGUUUCACUGAAUGCACUAGGAGAAAGCAGUGUAAUGACAUUUUUAGAUUGACCAAAGGCAGUUUAACUGUAGGGUUCUGGUUGUCACAAGUGUACUUAGGGUCCUUUAUUUAUGAGUAUGUUGCCAUACUUGUUGCAAGUAGUGAGGCUAUUUGAUUAUGAGAAACUUCUUAAAACUUGGAGAUGUGGCCGUUUAGGCUGUAUUUAUGAUUGUUUAUCUGUGUUCAUUUUUUUUAAUUUAAAGGCUGAUUCCUGUCA